CUUAGUUUUUCUGUGCAACUGUUUAUUAUCGUAUAGAUGGGAAUGACUCUUCUUUUUCUUUCUCGCCUAGUUAUAUAUGAUGAACGGAGAAAAGAAAAUAACGGCAGGAAAGAAAAUAACGACUGCUUAUUUCGACUGAUAACAACACGACAAAUUUAUACACUCCUCGUGUUCAAGAGAUAAAAAAAUGUUUAUUUUUCUCAGUAUAAACACCUGUAGUUCAAUGGCAAAUUUCAUGCUGAUCUCGAAUACAUACCGAUCAGUAACAUUAAAAUUAAUCAUAGAAAAAACAUCGUAAAACCAACAAAAACUAGAAAUUUUCGAGAUACUCACCGCUAGACAAAUACAGAAAGAUCAAGAACAACUUUAAAUUCACAAAUUCACUAUUUGUCGAUCAUAAUAUUGAAAUUAGUUCUCAAUUAUUUAAAGUAAAAAUAGCACAAAAUAUGAAGUUUGUGUCACAACGUUACGUUUAUCUACCCCAAAAGAAAAUAUUUUUUAAAUAAAAAGGAGUGUGUCAGAAUCACCAUAAAAAGUUAGCAAUGGUCCACUAGUUAGUUUUAUUAUAUUCUGUAAGAUACUAGUUCAAAUUUGAAAAUAAGAUCUAUUUCGUAACGCUGUGACGGUAAAAUUGAUGAAGUUUUAUUUUGAGAAUUUUUCCAUGCAGAAGAAAAUAUUUAAAUUUAUUCUUUAAUCAAAAGAAAGGCUGCUCUAUAUAGCUCACAAAACUUUUGAUAUUGAACCCUGGAAGUAAAACAUCAAUGUGCACCAUUGAUCGCAGAGCAACAGUAAAAAAACUGCAAUUGACCAUGCAGUUAUGAACACAUCAUACAUUCAUUUUUAAAAACUAACAACGAUAAUUUUUUGAUUAAUAAAAUACACUUUCUUACACUUUCGUGUAUGCUCUACAACGUGGCAUAAAGGUUCAUUUCGAAUAUCGAAAUCAACACCUCAUCACUGAAGUAGCGCGUUACGUGGACAAGCCGUUUAACGACUUCCAUACAAGGAACAUAUGGUAAUGUUAAACUACAAAUAAAUUCAUCAUUGUUUUUAUCGUUAAUCUGACCGGUGUAAUGAUAAAUAUGGCCCCUACUAGUUGAUGUAUUAAGACAAACUGGAUAGAGGUGUAGUAGCUUACAGCCACUCUCAGCAAUAAUGUUUAUUCGCUUGCUCACAUAUCCAGAAUGUAACAGCUUCACACAUAACACACGUAUGUACAUGAGAGAGAGAUGAACAUACUAUAAUAGAACAAUGGAAACAGAACAGACAGAGAAGGAAGGGAAAUUAGCGAAGCGCGCCGUCAAUAUCGGUACACCCAUACCACCCAGGUCGAACUCACCCCAUCGGAUCCGAUGGGAAUGCGUCGGAAGUAGUCGGAAUCCUUGGUAUUGGAUUCCGACAGGGUCCGGUUCAUUCAGGCAUUUUCAAACAUCCGACAACUUCCGACGAAUUCCCAUCGGAUCCGAUAAAACCCGAUAAUUUUCCGCUAGGAUCCGACAGGAUCCGCCUAUCGGAUUGUUCGUCUUGGACACCCACCCACACCCUUUCCCCCAUUGCUUAGUUCAGUUUUCGACACUUAAAUUAUGGGUGGAGACCGGGUGGGACUCCUGGUGUCAAGCUAUCGAUUCUAUUGUAAACAAUUACCCUACAUCAUAAAGCACUGGUUGAUAUUGGUGAAGAAAGUAGUAGCACGCGACCAAUUAAUACAGUCGGACUUUUAAUGCAUGUGAAAAAGUUAAUAUUUAUCAUUAUUUUAUUUAUUCUUUAUCAAUUAUUUGGUAUAAUAAAAGUUUUGAGUGAUCAUUUGAAAAUUAAGAUCUUUUGUUGUUAUUCUAGAUCUGAAAAGCUCUUAUUGUUUUUCUUUCACAAGAUCUAAAUUUAGAUUAUGUACGUGGUGAAUAUCUUGUAGUAUCUAUUAUUCAGCAAAUAACCAAUCUUCGUAAUGAAAACUCAUUCAAUCAAAUUUAUAAUAAAGCAAAACAAUUUUGUGAUAUAAAUGGAAUUGACUUGAUACAGCAAUAUGAAAUAUAUCGUAAAGCAAAAAUUCUAGCUCAUUUUAAUGAUUGUUUUAUUAAUUCAACACUUGAGCAACAUGAAAAAUUGUCUACCUCGGCAGAUUUUAUGAAUCAAAUUUAUUUUCCUUGCAUUAAUUGUAUCUUACUUUAUCCAGAGAGUAAAGUUGUUUUGAAUAUUGAUGACGUUAAUGCAUUUAGUCGUCAUAUUGAUAUUGAUUCAAGUGCUUUAAAAAAUGAAUUCAUUGUUAUCAAAUCUAUGUUCAUGUCUACAACCAUCAAUGAUGUUAUUCAAUUUUUAAACGAGUUAAUUCCAUUCUCAACUGCAUUUCAACAAACACUAAGAAUGAUUAAAAGUUCUAUAGCAAUGCCGAUUUCACAAGAUACUUCAGAAAGAUCGUUCUCAAAGAUGAAGAUAAUAAAAAAUUAUCUUCGCAAUUCUAUGUCGGACAAACGCUUAAGCGAUUUGACAGUAUUGACUGUUGAACGUGACAUUGUUAUAGAUUAUGAGCAAGUUGUAGAUAAAUUUGCACGAAAUCAUAAGAACAUCAGGAUUUUAUUAUGUUAA